UGUCAGCGCCCAUGGGUUAUGAAAAGGCAACAAACUGACAGCUGACAUUCCGUGUGAAUAUACACUAAAAGUCACUGGAGUGCAGACCAAAACUCUUGUUAACGUGCCAGAGUUAGCUUACGGUAGUGUACAGUGUUGAGGAAUAAUGACAGGCUACCAUGAAUUUGUGAAGAGGAUUUAUGAGAAUUCUGACAUCACUAGGUCACCAGCAGAUGACCGCAAUUAUCGAUGUUUGGAACUGACUAAUGGGAUGACAGUAUUCUUGGUCAGUGACCCCAACACUGACCGGUCAGCUGCUGCACUUGAUGUCCAUGUUGGCAAUAUGAGUGACCCUGAAGAGCUGCCCGGCCUGGCUCACUUCUGUGAACACAUGUUGUUCCUGGGAACAGAAAAGUUCCCAAAUGAAAAUGAGUAUGGGAAAUUCCUGAACGAACAUGGGGGUGGCAGCAAUGCCAGCACCUCCACAGAACACACCACAUAUCACUUUAAUGUCGGACCAGAACAUCUUUCUGGAGCACUGGACAGAUUUGCUCAGUUCUUUCUGUGUCCGCUAUUCACGGAGUCGGCAACAGAGAGAGAGGUGAAUGCUGUCAACUCCGAGAAUGACAAGAACGUGAAGAAUGAUGCUCGGAGACUGUACCAGCUGGGGAGGAUGUUGUCAGACCCACAACACCCCUUUGGAAGGUUUGGCACAGGUAACAAAGACACCCUGGACGUGAUCCCCAAGCAGAAUGGUGUUGAUGUCCGGGCAGAGCUGCUCAAGUUCCACGCAAGGUUCUACUCUGCCAACAUAAUGCAGCUGUGUGUGGUGGGGCAAGAGUCCUUAGAUGAAUUGAGAGAGAUGACUGUCAGACUGUUUUCUGGUGUGGAGAACAAGAACAUCCAAAUCCCAGAGUGGCUGGAACAUCCAUAUCAGGCAGAACAACUUCAGAAGAAGAUCUGUGUGGUGCCAGUGAAGGAUGUCCGCUCCCUGACCGUCACCUGGCCGAUACCGGACGUCACCCAGUACUACCACUCCAAGCCUGCCAGUUACCUGAGCCACCUGCUUGGACAUGAGGGGCCAGGCAGUCUCCUGUCUCAGCUCAAGUUGGAAGGUUGGAGUAAUUCCCUGACAGCUGGCAGGAAGAAUGGCGCCAAAGGAUUUGCAUUCUUCUACGUCAAAGUGGAUCUCACAGAAGAUGGCCUAGAGCACACGGAGGACAUAGUGACCCUUGUGUAUCAGUACAUACACCUGCUGCAGAAGGAGGGAGUACACCCGUGGAUACACGAUGAGUGCAAGAAACUGAAGAGCCUACGAUUCCAGUUCAAGGACAAGGAGACUCCAAACAGUUAUGCGACAUCUCUAGCUCGGGACAACCAUAUAUAUACAAUCGAAGAGGCCUUGUCUGGACCUUACCUCCUGUCAGAGUGGCCUGAUCUCAUCCAGAUGCUCCUGAACAAACUGACCCCAGAGAACAUGAGUGUGAUGGUAGUGGCCAAGAAGCACGAGGGAGACACGAAUUUGUCAGAGAGGUGGUAUGGAACGUACAAGGUGGAGCCCUACUCUCAAACCCAGCUGAAGCACUGGAAUGACUCUGGUCUCCAUGACAACCUGCAUUUACCAGACGUUAAUGAGUUCAUUCCAGAAAAUCUUGACUUGGUUCCAAGGCAGGAGGUGACUCAGUUUCCUGUUAUGAUAAAGAAUGACAGCCUGACAAGAUUGUGGUUUAAACAAGACAACAAGUUUCUGCUUCCAAAGUCCUACAUUUCUCUGCAGUUUUAUAGUCCAGCGGCCUACUCUGAUCCUGGAUGUGUGUGUAUGCUGUCACUGUUCGUGUCCCUGAUGAACGAUGCCCUGACCGAGUACACCUACUCCGCUGAGCUGGCAGGACUCUCCUACUCCUUCAGUAGCUCCAGGGAUGGCUUUGAUAUCUCCAUCAGUGGCUACAGUGACAAGCAGGACAUCCUCCUGGAGAAGAUCGUAGAGAAGAUGACCAGCUUUACUGUCGACCCUGUCAGGUUCAACAUCAAGAAGGAAAAACUAGAGAGGUCGUACCGGAACUUCAUGGCGGACCAGCCCAACCAGCAUGCCACCUACACCGUGUCGCAGCUAUUGGCCAGUGUGUUCUGGACGAAGGAGGAGUCACUCCUGUUCUUGCAAGAUGUGACCACAGUGAGGUUGGAGGCCUACAUCCGUCAGUUGCUAUCCCGCCUGUAUAUAGAGGGUCUAAUCUAUGGAAAUGUCACUAAACAGGGAGCCCUGGAGACGGUGGCGGUGGUGGAGAGGCUGCUGAAGGAGAAGGCAGACACACAGCCUCUGUUGCUGAGUCAACAUGUACACUUCAGGGAGAUGCAGCUGCCCUCAGACUCGUACCACCUGUACCAGAUGACCAACUCUGUCCACAAGAGCUGCUGUGUGUGUGUGUACUACCAGAUAGGGAUGCAGGACACACGGUCUAACAUCCUGCUGGAACUACUGAAACAAAUCAUCGGAGAACCAGCAUUUGACACACUCCGUACCAAGGAACAGUUAGGGUACAUAGUGUGGACUCGGGUCCGGCGUUGCUAUGGAGCUCAGGGGCUGAGGGUUCUUGUACAGUCUGACAAGUCCACCCAGUUUGUUGAAAGUAGGAUCGAAGCCUUCCUUCAUUCCAUGGAUAGUUACAUUCAAGACAUGAGUGAGGAGGACUUCAAGAAUCAUGUAACAGCUCUUUCAACCCGGAGGCUGGAGAAACCGAAAAGGAUGAGAUCUCAAAACUCUGACUACCUCAGUGAGAUUGAAGAUCAAGUAUACAGCUUUGACAGAGAUAAUAUUGAGGUGACUCAUCUGAAAACCCUCACAAGGAGUGACCUUCAUGCAUUCUUCAAGGAACAUAUAGCCCACGCUGCCCCACACAGGAGGAAGUUGUCCGUACACGUGAUAUCCACAGCAGAGCAGGACUCCACAGACUGUGUCCAGGACAUGGAGGUAGAGAGCAACUCUCCGAGCCACCAGCCUAUUGUUGUGGACAAUGUGUCCAACUUCAAGCGGACACUGGCUGUCUAUCCCCGGCUCAAACCAGCUCUGGACGUGACCAACCAAACCAACCUCAACCUCUCCAGCACUUCCUAACAUGGGAUAGAAAUCAAGAUAUUUCAGGGCAGGAUUUGAUUGUGAUUGGUUUUGAAUUGUUUGAUAAUUUAUUGGGCAUUUUCAACUGCUGCUGUUGGGACAAAAUUACUGCUGUUACCAUGUUGCCUGAGUCUUUGCUGAGUGCAAAGAUGAAAAUAUUUAACAGAACGGCCAUGGGACUAUAACUGUAAAUCUCAGGUGUCUUGUUGAACACCAGUCGGGAGCUACUCCACUAAUAAGGACGGAAACGUCCCUGUUUUAACAACUUUUAGGAACAGUUCCACAAUGAGAUCAUAGUAAUUAUUAUUGCUAUUGUAUGUUAAAGUAUGGAUUUAAUGAUAACUUUAAUGGUAAAAUCAGUCGUAGUACAGCACCGGCCCCCAUUCCACCAGGUCAUGUUAGUGCUACAACUAUUGCAGUUGUUUGUUAAAGUAUGGGACUUACGAUAAUCUUAGCGUCAAAAUCAAUUGUGGUACUGUCCAGGGCCCCAUCCACAAGUAAUUGCACAGCUACAGCUAUAUCUAUAUUGUUUUAGGGUAUGGGCAUAAUGAUAACAUUAGCACUAAGAUCAUUAUAAAACAGCUCUGUUAACAAAACUCAUGGUGCUAAGAUGGCUUUGUGGCGCCAUUUGUGGAGCCAAUGUUGUCUGGGCACAAUCUUGAGAACACAGUAUUGUCAGUCUGUAGAGUCGGUCAGUUGGGCUUAUACCCAUUUUUAACCUCACCCAGUUUUGGCUGUGUCCCAGAAUUAAUUUUGGUCCCUCUGGGGCUAUUUCCCUCCCUAAACAAAUGACAAAUGAAUAAAUUGAGCCCAAAAGGGCUUUUUUGGCUGCAUGACAAAUUCUUCAACAACCAUGGUUCCCGAAUGAUUAGCAGCAGUAUGUCUGUGAUGUUUAUUCUAUGAAGAAUCUGGUACUCAGAAAAUACCCACCUAUAAAAAGCCAGGAUGUAUAUGUCCUUGGGUGAAGUGAUAUUUUAUAUGUUUGUUUUUAUUUGUUCAUUUUACAAUCAAGGAGCCACGACUUGUGACCUUUUUUAUCAUAUGUGCUGAUAUGGUGUGGGGUGCUCUGUGGUGCCUAUUAUACUGAUGGU